AUGGAGAAGCAGACCAACUACAAUGAGAACGCAACAGAUGCUAGUGAGAACGAAGGGGAAAGGUGUGUAGUACAAGAUGAGUUUACUAAAGUUACCGCCGCUCAUGAAGACCCAGCAGCAAUACAAUCUACAGUUGAAGAACCAGAAGGGGCAGAAGUUAGCAAUGCUCAAGCUAUGUCCAUACAGGAUAUGCUAACAGCAUUAUUUGAAAAGUUUGCUAUUAAAGAGCAGGAGCGUGGAAAACAACGCGAGCUUAAAGAGCUGGAGCGUGAAAGACAACGUCAGCAGGAAAAGGAAAAACGUAAACAGGAAAAGCUUAUAGAAAAACAGCAACAGGAGCUCAGAGACCAUGAAAAGGAAAAGAAAUUUAUGGAAAAUAUAAACAAUAUUUUUCUGGAAAGAGAUAAAGAAAUUGUCCGCCUUCGCCAGGUGACCGAGGCCAACAAUGAAGGCAAUAGGUCGACGGAACAAAAAAUAAACAUGAUGCGGUAUCAGGAUGGCAACAGGAUCGAAGAUGAGCUGUAUCAGGAACCUGCUGUCUCUGAUAAGCCACAAAGGGAAAAUAUCCAAGCAAGUGUCACCGGAGCUGUAAAUCGAGCGACAACUAGUAUUCUGCUUGACACAGGUGCUUAUGUAUCAGUUAUGAACACGCAGUUUUUCAAGAAGGUAUCGGAGAUAAGAAGAUUGCCGAUUUUGCCGGUUGCAAAUUGUAAGGUUAUAGGGGCAUUGGGAAAAAAGGCACAGAGUGUAAAAUACCAGGGACAGGUGGAAGUUUCCUUGGGAAAUGAUCGCUUAUUAUGCACGUUCCUACCAAUGGAUAACUUGUCCAUACCGGUGCUUCUGGGUCUUGACUUCCUUCGGGAAAUGGAAGCUGUAAUUGAUCUCGCCCGUGGGACAUGUUCACUGAAGUACCAACAGCGACCCAUAACAUAA